AUGGCAGAAGCGAACCUCUUCGUCAUGGUUGGAUCGAGAGUAACGUCUAUCACGAUAAGUAGCUUGUUCUUCCACAUUACGCAUAAUCGAUGCGCCUAUGUAAAGCUGAUCAAAGAGAUCAGAAACAUGUUCACCAAUCCCGACGAUAUGUUCAUGGUCCCAAGUUGUGCACCGACUGCCAUGCUACCACGCGCAACAUCGACUGCGUUAUCGUCAAUGGAGCCCGGAGCCCAGCUGCUCGCCUCUUCCAGCCUGGCCCAUCUCGUCUCUGAUGGCAACCUCUCCUGGUCCCACGUGCUUGUCGCGCUGGAGCAGAGUCGGAAUGACAUAGCUCGUAAGAUUGCACAGGCCGAAAUUGCUGGCGCCAAAGGCCAAAAGGCCAUCAUCGAGGCUUUCGGUCUCGACGAGAGCGCCCUCGCAGAUCUCGCUCCAGCAGCAGCUACCUAA